GUCUGUAUAAUUUUUUUCUUAUUUUAUUUUUGUGUAAUAUAAAACUUAGUAAUUUAUUUGUUUUCGUAUUGAAUUUGUUGAGACGGCGCUGCUCAAAUCCAAAUCUAUAAUCAUUUUCAGACAUCCUGAUUUUUUCCUUUUUUUGAUCUGGGCUUCUCCAUCCUCGAUACCAGGGCUGUAUGUUGCUCCUCUUCCGAGAAAAAAGAGUUUGAUUCUUGGUCAAUCAAUUUCUGUGUUUCUUCUUCUUCCUCUUGAAACCAAAGGACCAAAGGCUACACCGUACUGGAACAACUUUCUUCUUCUUUGCACUGCAGUCACCUUCCUAUAGCACCAUCGCAACAAACUCUCCGGGUGAUCUCCGUUCUCGGCCAUCUCUGUUCUUCAUCGUUGUCAGCCACUCACCAGGAACGUCGGCCGUCCAUCCACAGUAAGGCAACCCGUCCGUCGACCAUCUGAGGAGCUCAGUUAGUGUCGUCCACCCCACCAAGCAGCAUCCUAACAGUUUGGCAGGGCAAGGACAUGGAGAACAACCACUUGUUGGCGGCUGCUCACUUAGCAACUUUCAAAGAAUCAGAAAGUCUAGAAGGAAAAUGCUCUAAGAUUGAAGGCUAUGAUUUCAAUCAGGGAGUGGACUACCCGCGCUUAUUAAGCUCCAUGAUCUCUACUGGAUUCCAAGCCUCCAACCUUGGAGAUGCCAUCCAAGUUGUAAAUGAAAUGCUAGAUUGGAGGCUUGCUGAUGAGACCAUAGUUGAGGACUCCAGUGAAGAGGAGAAAGCUUUAACAUAUAGAAGCUCUGUGAGGUGUAAAGUUUUUUUGGGUUUUACUUCAAAUUUGGUUUCAUCUGGUGUUAGAGAUACAGUUCGUUAUAUAGUUGAGCAUCAAAUGGUGGAUGUAUUAGUUACAACAGCUGGUGGUAUAGAAGAGGACCUUAUAAAAUGUCUUGCACCAACUUACAAAGGUGAUUUUUCUUUACCAGGAGCUUAUUUGCGCUCCAAAGGGUUGAAUCGAAUUGGUAACUUAUUGGUUCCCAAUGAUAAUUAUUGCAAGUUUGAGGAUUGGAUCAUUCCUAUAUUUGACCAGAUGUUAAAGGAGCAAAUUGAAGAUAACUUGUUAUGGACACCAUCUAAAUUAAUUGCUCGCUUGGGGAAGGAGAUAAAUGACAAGAGUUCUUACCUCUAUUGGGCUUAUAAGAACAACAUUCCUGUCUUCUGUCCCAGUAUAACAGAUGGCUCUUUGGGGGACAUGUUGUAUUUCCAUUCUUUUCGCAACCCUGGUCUAAUAGUCGACCUAGUGCAAGAUAUUAGGGCGAUGAAUGGUGAAGCUGUCCAUGCAAGUCCUAGAAAGACGGGAAUCAUUGUACUUGGAGGGGGUCUGCCCAAACAUCACAUAUGCAAUGCCAAUAUGAUGCGUAAUGGUGCAGAUUAUGCUGUCUUUAUCAAUACUGCACAAGAGUUUGAUGGGAGUGAUUCUGGUGCUCGUCCGGAUGAGGCAGUAUCAUGGGGUAAAAUCCGAGGUUCCGCUAAAACUGUCAAGGUGCAUUGUGAUGCAACAAUUGCCUUUCCUCUACUGGUUGCAGAAACAUUUGCCAAGAAAUCGGUUGUCUGAGUUUUUUUUUUCAACUCUAUUUAUUGUGAGAUGAAGAACUGUAUAAUCCUUGCGAUUAAUAACAGGCAGACAAAAGCAAACAUAUUAGAGGAUAGGAUGUUAUGGUUCUGUUGGUCACCAGGAAGGGAGAACUCGAUGGUGGGUUGACAAGGCAAGGUUUACUUGUGUGGGAUUUUGAAUAACGCAGGGCUUUCCCGAAACAACUUUUAUUGAGUACUUUAUUUUUCCAACUUAUUAGUGGCUGUCUAGCCAAAAUGUUUUCAUUAAUGUUGAAUAUUCCACUCCACUGGGGUAGUUCAAAUGGUGGCACGUGGUUUGUUACCACAAAAUUGUAUCCCUCUUGGGCAGUUACAUAAUAAUCAAAUAUUAUACUGUUAGACGGGAAUUUUAGUACUGAAAAGUAAAAGUUAUUGAUUAUUCUUA